GCAUUUGGCAGCAACUGAAUGCUCCUUAUUGUAAGCAGGUUGUCCCGCCGCAAAUUAGGCCUACUGCUUAAUCGUAGGAGCUCCAAAGAUUUAUGUAGAAUCCAACAGCAUUCAUGUCCAGGUUGAGUGUGGUGUUCGGCGGCUCCAGGGGCAUUGGCCGCGCGGUGGCCAGGCUGUUGGCGCAGAAAGGGCACAGGGUCGUGGUGGUCUCCAGAAACGCAGAGCUUGCCCAGGCCACCGCAGCCACUCUGCCAGGAGAGGACCAUGUGGCUCUGAGCUGCGACGUCUCCAAGGAGCAGGAGGUGCAGAAGACGUUUGAGACCAUCCAGAAAAGCUGUGGCUCGGUGGGGUACCUGGUCAAUGCUGCUGGCAUCAACAAGGAUGGGCUGUUGCUGAGGACUCGUCCAGAUGACAUGGUGUCCGUGCUACACACCAACCUGCUGGGCUCCAUGCUGACCUGCAGGGCGGCGCUCAGGAGCAUGCUGACGCAGGGGGGAGCCAUCGUCAACAUAGGUUCGGUGGUGGGUCUGAAGGGGAACGCGGGCCAGUGUGUGUACAGCGCCAGCAAGGCCGGCCUGGAGGGCUUCACACGCUCCCUGGCCAAGGAGGUCGCCUCCAGGAAUGUCCGAGUCAAUCUCCUCGCCCCAGGUUUCAUCCGCACAGACAUGACGGCUGGUCUGGGUCUGCGAGGGCAGCAGCAGGAGGCGGCAUCAGCAGCAGCAGCAGUGCCUGAUAUGGAGCGUCGUAUCCCCCUGGGCCGCUUCGGGGAGCCAGAGGAGGUGGCCCAGGCCGUGCUCUUCCUGCUGGAGUCCCCCUACAUCACGGGCCAGGUGCUGCUGGUGGACGGGGGACUGCAGCUGGCCAUGUAGCCUAGGGCAGAGAUGCAUCUUGUCACCAGGCAGGCAGGCAGACGCUUAGGGUCCCCAAGCCUCAAGUUGGUGAACAACAGCUCACACUUCACUUCAGUAGUGGCAAUUUUGUUUCAAAUGUUCAUUCCUUUGAAUUUUUGCUUGGGGCCCCAGCUAACCCUGCAGUCGGCUCAGAGCCUAGGCCCAGGACAUGGACAUGUACAUGUCGUUUUGGGGCAGGGUGCGCACAUACACAAGUCACAUACAAGUCAUUUUUUUUUUGCAAGUGCCAGACCAUAGUGCCAGGCAGUCGAAGAAUGUGGGUCUGCCUGCACACUGCCAAAACGAGCUUCAGAAAAUAAAUGUUUUAUAAUUAAAACAAGCACCGUUGGAUGAACUUUUAUUUGUGCACGAAAACAAAAUAUUAAUUUGGUAGCAAAUGUGUACAAACACCAGGCUAGAUGUGGGGGACAUACAAUGUUAUUCCUCUUUCAUUCAUUUUAUAUUCUGCCAUCAUUUGGCUGGUAGCUGUUAUGAAUCUGCAUCCCUUGGCAGACACGUGGACAUUGGCCAACAACCUAACUACAUAAGGAUAAAGUCAAGACAGGCAUCUUGCUGUUCCACCAUGUCUGUGUUGUUGCACUUAGCCUGUUUUUAGCUGUUACGUGCAAAGGAGCAAGCCAGUCUAACACACACACACACACACACACACACACACACACACACACACACACACACACACACACACACACACACACACACACACACACACACACACACACACACACACACACACACACACACCAUCACACCAACUUAGAGGCUUGUUGUCAGUCAGUGCAGCUGGGGCCAUGUCAGGCCAUUCUCAUGUCAUGUUGAUGCACUGCAUAUGGGUAAUCAGCAUGAUCUGGACAUUGUCUCUUAUCCUGGGCACAUGACACAUGGAUAACGUCCGCCAGUGAAGGGUUUUGGACUUAUUCCUGGCCAAGAAUUCCUUCUUCUAGGCAGGAGUUAGGAGACACUUAAGCCUCUUUUGCUGGGUACCAUCGCCGGCGCCGCCCCUUCUGCAUUAUAGGCCGCUUUUAAAAAAUGGGAUUUGUCUCUGUGGUUUGUUUGUAGACAAAUGGCUGGUGUUGUAGCUUAUGCAACAGGAUGAUUAAAGCCGAGUUUUCACCCCCUCAGAUGUGGCAUGCGGAGUCUGUGUGCAGAGAUCAGUUUUCUGUUGUUAACCAAAAAAAAAAGAAUUACAGCCACGGUUUCUUCGGUUGUAAUUAGGCCCUUUAUGAUUUCCCUUCACCGAAAUGAAGGAUUGUUGUGGUCACUGCUGCGUUUCUUUUUUGUUGUGCCUGACGCUGAGACUGGCUUAUAAGCUGCCUCGCUCCCCACUGACACAAGACACAAGUCUUAAAUGUCAGACGCAGACAGAUGAAUAAAGUAAACGUUU